GGAUUGAGUUGCUGAGUGAGGUCUUCCGUCCUAUCGUUUCUUAUAACAGGAAGUUUGAAGCCGGAAACGGUUGAUCAAGAUGCCAGAGGCAAUGGCGGAUGGUGGGAGGAAGCUCGUGACGAUCGACGAUCUCAUCGACGCCUUGGAGAAGCGCGACAGGGCGCCAAGCAAUGUCCCAAAGGUUGAGACAUUCCACUUCAAAGGGGAUCGGGUAUCCGACUGGUUGGAUCUGAUAGAGCAGGCGCUGGUAGGGCUGUCAGAUGAGGUUAAGCUCCAACGGGUUUUGAGCUCGGAGGCCACAGAGCUGACAAAGUAUGGGGAAGGGAGUGAGAGACUCACUUGGGCAACCAUUGACAAGGGAGUGGAAGAAGGGAGCCUGGACCAGGUGGAGCAGCACCAAAUGAGGCUGCAAAGGCGCAAGAGGAAGGAGAGGGAUGCUACCGCGUCCGGGACCCCAGGGGUAAAGAGAAUUGUCACGGAUGUGUUGGCGGCGCUGGGGUAUGACAGCGAAGCGGAACUACAGAAAAGAGUGGUGGCAGUGGCCCAAGGCCGGGCGUCGGGAGGAGGAGAUGAGGAGGCUGGGCGCGAAGACUACGGCGGAGGGGAGACGGGCUCCCAAGCCCUGACUAAGGCCCAGAGGAAGCAGCGUAAUCUGCUACUGGGGGGGCAGGGAUCAGGGAAGGGGCAGGCCCCCCAAGCCAUUGCCGCACCGCCACCUGUCGCCGCGGCCGCGCCAGCGCCUGCGCCAGCCGGAUCGCCGUACAUGGGGCCGCCACCAACUUGCGGUCACUGGAUCCCGCAUUGUCAAUCCACGCCCUGGCCCAGUUGCAACCACUAUGCCUCAUGCGGAGGGAGUCAAGCCCAUACGGGACACAUGGUCCCCUAUGCGGGCUUGUCAGCAAGUAUGGGCCCCCCGAGCUACCCAGCAACUCAAGGCCAGCCUGUGGCCCAACUGCCGCCCUCCCAGCAGGCCUCGCAGGCUAGUGUGGCCGGGGGAGGGAGUCAAGGACAAGGCGGGCAAGGCAAUGGGGACAGGGGCCAAGGGGGUCGAGGAGGGGGUGGCCGGGGGCGAGGGGGAAAUGGGGGAGGCCGUGGAGGAGGUUGGAGUGGUCAGGGGGGCCAGAACCAAGGUGGCCAAGACAACCAGGGAGAGGGCCAAGGGUACGGGAGGCCCCUCUUCGAUUGGCGGAACGCAACUUGUUGGUAUUGUGGCGAGGUGGGCCACACCAUACGGUUCUGGCAACAGCGGCGGGACGACGAGCUGGCAGGAAUGAUCUCCUCCUGCAUGGAUGGGGACAUAUACGAUAGGUGGGGGAAGCACAUCGAUCCCAAGACCCCGGGAGGGAUCAGGCAGGAAGCCCUCAGACGAGCGGAGGCGGGGCCACCAGCAGCCCCAACGAUGUUCAGGAUAUGGCAGGAGAGGGAGGACCCGGGUGUGAGGGUCGAAGAGAUUGUGGACGAGAGUGAGGAGGUGACUCAGCGACUAAGGGCGGGGACUAUACAGGAAGAACCUAUAAUCGUUGAGUCAGACGACGAAGGAUUAGAGGUGGUGAGAGACCAGCCGAGCAUCGCAAUGGUGGACACGGGCGCUGAGAUGAAUAUCAUUCGGGAGCGGGACGCGACCAUGUUAGGGCUGGAGGUUGACCAUUCGGACCAUGGGGUGCUGCAUGGGGCCAACUGUAAGGCGAUCUUCUGCGGCACUGCGUCUAACGUGAUGGUGGAAAUUGGGAGGGUAAGGGUGCGAACAUGCUUCUUCGUCAUGCUCGAUGUCGACCACCCUAUCCUUCUGGGGAGGUCGUUCCUCUGUCGAACGGAGACCUUGGUCUUCAAUAGGCAUGAGGGGACGAUGAUCCUGGCCCUAUCUGAUCCGGCCUGCGGGAACUAUGAAAUUAUCAAGUGCCAGAACAUAGGGCCCGGAAGUGGGAGGAACAGGCUAAACCUCGGCUCCUUUACCUUCGAGAAGUCUGAGUACGCGCGACGAAGACUUCGGGAGGAGCAAGAGGAGGAAGGAGCGGGCGACGUAUUGUCUCUAAGCCUUAACGAUGUGAAUAAGGCAAUGGAGGUGGUGGCGGCGCAUGAUAUGGCGGACCCUGAAGCUAUAAAGGCAUUGAGGGAGCAGUGUUUUAACUGUGGGGGUGAAGGGCACUUCGCUAGGGAAUGCCCUUCCACACGUACCAACCCGCCGAAUGGAUCUUCGGCGCCUGCGGCUCCUCGUUAUUGGACACCCAGACGACAGCCGAACGAUUCGGAAGAAAAGGAAUUCAUCCGACAGAUGAUAGCAGAGAAGAGGGAGGAGCAAGCGCGAAGAAAGGAGUUUGAAGAGAAGAGGAAGUUUGACGAGAUGAUCAGGCAGGAGAUUGAAAGGAACUCGGAGGCAAUGGAGGCAAGGGUGAUAUUGAAAAUUGGGAGACAAUAUUUGACAGCUAAGGAGGAGGCCAGACGGGAGGAAUCGCGCUGCCUUGGUGAACGUACCCCACGGCCGUUGCAAAGGGCGAGAGUCGUGGACGACUUUGCUGAUAAAGGUAUCGAAGAUAUCGAGGAUGAGAUAGCUAAAUUGUAUGAGCUGUGGGAGAAGAAGAGGAAAGCGAAGCAACCUUGUACACCACCAGUGCGGCGAUCUUUCAGGCAGCCGAAUUUCAAUUCCCAAGGAUCGGUUGAUAGCGAGAAGCCAGGUGGUGAGUCCUCCCGAAUGGGCGAGACGAGAGGACGGAGUAAGGUUGCUGCGGGUAGCGGGCCGGAAGGUAUUCUUACCUUUAUUCUGGCACAGAGAAGACUCCUGACUCCAAAAACGAAGGAUCAGCUUAAGGCAAUUUGCGCACAAGAAGGGGUGACUUACACGACCAAAGUGCCAACCAUUGAGCGGAUUGUGGAGGUCCGUGCAAAGAUGGCGUAUGAGGGGUUUGUGUUUACUCCUUCCCCUUCAGUUUCUCCGACAACUGAGGCAGAGGAGGAGGAUACUCCUCUCAACUGAGUGUACCGCAGAUCUCGUUAUUGGUUAUGGUCGA